AUUCUUAACUGGAAUCCUUCCGUAGGUCCGUAUCGACUAGACGUAGGGUCCCAUUUCACCCCUCACUUCCUGAGCAUUCGCCAUGUUUUGGGUCACCAUUGUCGCGUAUUUAGUCUUAGGACUUCCUCUAGCAGUGGAGGGACGCCCUUUGGACGAGAUCAGCCCUUCAAGUCCAAUUGUAGACCUGGGCUAUGCUCAGUAUGAAGGCACUGCUCUUGAUAAUGGAGUGAAUCAGUUUCUGGGUAUUCGAUAUGCUGCACCACCUUUAGGAGAUCUACGAUUCAGAGCGCCGGAAGAUCCCGUUUUUACCACUGGAGUUCAAGCUGCAAAGGAGUUCGGGGCAACCUGCAUCGGGACAGCUGGGUCUGGCCCAGCACUGAGCAACAGCACCAACGAGGACUGUCUUUUCAUCGAUGUCUUUGCGCCAAGUAUAACAACACCGCAUAAGAAACUGCCGGUGUGGUUUUUCAUUCAAGGCGGCGGUUAUGCUGCCAACUCUGACAGGAACUUCAAUGGAUCUGAAGUCGUCGCACAGUCCAAUUACAGCAUGAUCUUCGUACAGAUUAAUUACCGUGUCGGUGCAUUUGGAUUUCUGGCCAGUGAAAAGAUACGGAAAAAUGGCGAUCUGAACGUUGGGCUUCUUGAUCAGCAAAAAGCAUUGAAAUGGGCGCGGCAUAAUAUCCAUCUGUUUGGAGGGGAUCCUGAUCACAUCGUCAUUCAUGGAACAUCCGCAGGUGGUGGUUCAGUGGCCUACCACCUCACGGCCUACGGUGGAGAGCGGGAGAAAUUGUUUGUCGGGGCGAUAGCAGAGUCGCCAUUCUUUCCUGCUCACAGAACUGUCGCCGAAUCCGAGUCUCAGUUCCAGAAAUUCGUGGAUGAUGUCGGGUGUGGAGGCCAUGAGGACUCUCUCGCUUGCAUUCGAUCCCAAAGUACAGCGACGCUUCAGUCUGCCGAUGUGGCUUCGCGCUUCCCUGGUACCACGGAAAACCCAUUGUGGUAUUUCUUACCCGUGAUUGAUGGCAAUUUUGCCCCAGAUGAGCUCUACACGCUCUUCGAACGAGGAAAAGUGACCAAAGUUCCGGUAAUAGUUGGCGAUGACAAUGACGAAGGAACAUACUUCGCACCCAAUGCCAGUACCUCUGCGGAGUUUCUAGACUUCAUGCAAGCCAACUAUCCCCGAUUGACAUCCGCUGACCUUCAACUUAUCAAUGUGACUUAUCCACCAGGGGCAUCAAUGCCAGACCACGCUCCUUACUUUGCCCCAGCUGCUCAGGCCUACGGAGAAUCCACAUUUACCUGUCCCGGAAACGAGAUAGCCUCAUCUAUCGCACAAUACUUCUCACACUCCCGCACUUGGAACUAUCGUUAUAAUGUUUGGGAUGCAGAUUACGAGACCGUCGGCUUAGGAGUACCGCACGUGUCUGAGAAGCCCGCGGUUUGGGGCCCUGGGUAUGCAGGGGCAUGCAACAACUGUUCCUACUUGACUUAUAACAAGCCGAUGGUCCCUAUUGUCAUGAAGUAUUGGAUCAGCUUUAUACUCUCACUGGACCCAAAUACAUACCGUGACAGCUCAGCUCCCGAAUGGAAGCCAUGGGGAACUACAGGUGGCCAAAGGAUGCGGUUCCAGCUUAAUACAACGGGUAUGGAGCCAAUACCAGAUGAUCAAAAGCGCCGCUGUGUAGUCUGGAAACACCUGGCAGGCACGAUGGAGCAAUAAUUAUUCCCGGGUUGAGAUCGUAUGUGUUAUGUGAGACUUGGGUGGCGGCCAGCUCCUGUCGCGUGUCGUCAAGCUUAUUCUAGAAAGUAUUCGGUUUUGCAAACGUCUGUAAAGGCUAGGCCUUGAAUUGGACUUGAGCAACUCCAAGGUCGCUACCUUCCUUUGUAUGCUUCUUGAGUCGGUUCAAAUGUUGUCUGAGUGCUUGUGGACAGUGUUGAGCCCAGUGUCUGACAGAAUUAUGCAUUCUUCUUCUCCUCCUCCACUAGG